CGCCCUUAACAAACAUAUUUUUUUACGAAAGCCAGUUGCAUAGUGGAUUACAGAAAGUCAUCUGAGACAUAAAACCACCGCGCCGAAACUAACGCAAUCCAUGGCGUUUACCGCACUCAACACUGUCUACUCGAUAAGAUUAUCGUAUAAAACAAAAAUUAUUAACCCACCUCGGAAUCCACAGUUUGCUUCAACGCCAAUUACUCUUUCUUUCAACAGACGGACGCUUAUAGUGAGAGCUACGGAGAGUGAUACCAACGAAGAUGAAGCAACGGCUGGGAGUGGUUCAAGCAUUAUUCAGAUACUUGGUAUUAAAGGAGCCAAGCAAGAAACAGAUAAGUGGAAAAUUCGUAUUCAACUUAUGAAGCCUGUUACAUGGCCUCCUCUUGUUUGGGGCGUGGUGUGCGGAGCUGCUGCAUCUGGGAAUUUCCAUUGGAGCUUGGAAGAUAUAGCUAAAUCAGUAGUAUGUAUGAUUAUGUCUGGCCCCUGUCUUACUGGUUACACUCAGGAUCCAACUGUUAAUGGUCUGGGAGAUGUAAGAGGCAACUGGGCUGCAACUGGAGCUUUUUAUAAUUAUGUAGAGCAAAGACUUAAGUAUAGUAGUGCAGGUUUUCUUCUUGGUGCUGGAAAGCCGUACCAUUCGUUAGCACUUCUCGGCAUGGUUGUCCCACAAGUUUUUUUUCAGUUCAAAUACUUCCUCAGAGACCCGGUUAAGUAUGAUGUCAAAUAUCAGGCUAGUGCACAACCUUUUCUUAUACUUGGUCUAUUGAUCAGCGCUAUAGCAACUAGCCAUUCAUCUUCGUCUUCGUAGUAGAGUUGAUAUCAAAAGCGUAGGAGAAGAGCAAACAAGCUAGUCCGAAUCCAGUGAAGAAAGUGUAGCUUUCGCAACGUGGAACACUUGAUAGAAACGAGAGAUCAUUUUUUUUUAUCUGAAGCAAUUCCUUUCCAUGUUGAAAUUAUAAUAGGGAGUUGCUUAAGUCUAAAUAUACUGUUUCUUCUCCCUUGAACUUUUAAAUUUGUUGUCAUUCUUGAAUUUGAGACAGCGUUGGUAAGAUAGAUUGGUUACUUCAUCGAGGUAAUUAAAGUGUAAGGGGUUUUGUGCUGUGCCGUGUUAAAAGAAAAUAUAAGUAUUCAUUUUUA